GAGGGAGGAGGGUGGAGGGAAGGUCGCUACAAAUUGGGGAGGAGAGAGAAGGAGAGAGAGUCCACGUGGCAAUACCAGCUGCUUCGCCGGAGCUCACCAACGGUUCCCGUCGAUUGCGUCUUCAUCAGAUGCCCUAAUUAGCUCUGACAGAGAGAGAGAAAGAGAUACAGAGACGCUCUCUCUCUCUCUCUCUUCCUUCCUUCCCCCUUCCUCUGUCCCUUCCUCCUCCUCCGUGAGGAAGUGAUCGUCGUUGGCCUCUCCUGUCUGUGUUCAUCUUUUUGGCUCUCUGUUCUGCUCGGAGACCCGGCCAGCCUGAUCGACUCCGAAUAGAGGCAAUGAUGAACGAGAAGGCCCUAGUCACCAAGGACCUCAACGCCAAGCACACGAAGAUACUAGAGGGUCUUCUUAAGCUUCCAGAAAAUAGGGAAUGUGCAGACUGCCGGAAUAAGGCUCCUCGAUGGGCCAGUGUGAAUCUCGGAGCAUUUAUAUGCAUGCAAUGUUCAGGGAUACAUCGGAGUCUUGGGGUACAUAUUUCAAAGGUCAGGUCGACCUCUCUGGAUACGUGGCUCCCUGAACAAGUUGCCUUCAUGCAAUGUAUGGGUAACAAGAAGUCUAAUGAUUACUGGGAGGCAGAAUUGCCUGUCGAUUAUGAUAGAAGUAUGAUCGAGAGGUUUAUUCGUGCCAAAUAUGUGGAGGGGAGGUGGGCUGCAAAGGAUGUCCCGCAACCUUCUCCAGAACUAUGUGAUAUGUACAGCGUCACCACUGACUUUCUCGAUGGUGGAUCCAAAGAUCACAACACGAUUGGAAAAACACGGAGAUUUUCUCUCGAUGAAGAGAUUCUCACGAAGCACAUGACUCAAGUAGCUCCUCCUCAAAAACAGCGUGGGAUCUCUGUUGAUAUGAAGGAUGAUCCUCUACCUCUGGCUCGACCACCUACAGAUGAACCGGCCGGGACAUCAGUAAAGACCCGUUCGCAAGAUCUGUUCAGCUUGCUAUAUUCUCGAGAUGCAAACCGCUGCCCUAGACCUCCUUCAAGCUGGGCAACUUUUGACUGAGCAUAUCCAUAUCGAUCAGUACAGGGAAAGAGGCUUGAGCAACUGUUCAUGUUGGAGAAAGAGAAGAUCUGAAAGAUUCACCGAUCGGACGAAAAGAGCCAUAUAUCAGUAGGCGUUCGUGAUCACAAUGACUUGCUUGCAUCAUUUACAUUUCACGUAACAUGAUCGGUCUUAGUCUAUGCCCGAAAAUGGCCUUCAAGUGGAGUCUUUUUGGUACCCAUGGAACUGAAACCAGCUGUAAUCUUUGUAUAUCUAUUCAAGGAAGCCAAAACAUAGCCGAUGUUCUUGGAGGGAAGAAGAAAAUGCUUCGCUUACUUGUACUCGGUUACUUAUAGCUCAGUGUGUAUUGGAUUACGAUUUAUCCUUCAAUUUUCUGAGUUAAUCCUUGACGAAGAACAUAUACCAGUUUCCCGUUCAUCUUUGCUAGAUCAACCUUUUCCCCCCCUUUAUUUUUCAGGAAAGCGAAAUACUAUUGAGCUUCUUUUG